AUGGCAGCAAUCAGUGGAGGAAGCAGUUCCUCAAAUUCAAACGCCUCAUCAUCUGCUUUCUCUCAUCAAGCCCCCAAAAUCCUAUUAGCCAAGCCAACUCUAGUCAUUACCGCCAAGUACAACCGCGAACCUGGUGACGGUGGAGGAGGCGGCGAUCCCGAUGACGAUUCAUCGUCACUCCGCUCCUGCCUUCCCUCCAUUGGCUUUCUGAAUCUGUUAUCUGACUCCUGGGAUUUCCACACCGAUCGCUUCCUUCCGGGGAUCGGCAAGUCUACUAUCAUGAAUGAGAUUUAUGGCUUUGAUGCAACUUCUCCUGGUAGCCUAGCAUUCUUUCCUUUCUUCAUCUAUAUAUACACUCAUAUUUGCGACUUCAAUUAA